AUGGCGGCCCUGGGGGAUGACGCGCUGGACGCCUACAUGUACCCGCCCUACGGCCCUUACUCUUUCCCCUACGCGCCGGGCCCCAAGGGCAAAGGCUCGGGGGGCGGCGGAGGCUGGCGGCCCCGGGCCGUGCCGGGGGCGGCGUCCGCCCUGUCCGGCUACGGGCAGCUGACGGCGGCCGAGUACUUCGAUAGCUGCCAGCGGGCGCAGCUCAUGGCCAUCCUGUCUCAGGUGAACCCGGGCCUCGUCCCGCGGCUCCGCAGGGCCAACACCCGCGACGUGGCGGUGCAGGUGAACCCGCGCCAGGACGCCUCGGUGCAGUGCUCUCUCGGCCGCCGCACCCUGGUCCGCCGAGGCCGGGAGCCGGGAGACCUCGCACCGACCAGGGCCGCAUCCCCGCCACCGCCGCCUCGGCCUCCCGCGCAGGGCAGCCCCGGGGCCGGAGCCCCGCGACCCCCACGCUUCCCGCGGACCGUCGCCGUCUACUCUCCCGUGGCCUCGCGCCUCCUCGCCACCUUCGUGGAGGAGGUGGAGGAGGCCGAGGCCGGAGGCCCGGCGGGGGAGGCCGCCGGGCACGAGACGCAGGCCCCCGCCAGGGAGGCGCCCGAGGCAGCGGCGAGGCCGGACCAAGAGCCCGAGCGCGGGGAGGGUGCGGCGGACGCGCCGAGGCCCGAGCCUCAGGAGGGCGGCGGAGGCCAGGCCCAGGCCACAGUACGAGCUACCUGGGAGGAUCAGCCGCCCCGGCCCUACGGCCUGAAGGACGGAGACCCCGUCGAGGAGCCCGCGGAGCCGGAGAAGGAGGAGGCCGAGGGCCCGCAGCCGCAGAGCCCGGGGCAGAACAAGGCGCGGCUGCGCUUCCAGUUCUUAGAGCAGAAAUAUGGCUAUUAUCACUGCAAAGACUGCAACAUUCGUUGGGAAAGUGCAUAUGUGUGGUGCGUGCAGGGUACCAAUAAGGUCUACUUCAAGCAGUUUUGCAGAACUUGUCAGAAGUCUUACAACCCAUACCGAGUGGAGGAUAUUGCUUGUCAAAGUUGUAAACAGACAAGAUGCUCCUGCCCAGUGAAACUUCGUCAUGUUGAUCCCAAAAGACCUCAUCGUCAGGAUUUGUGUGGGAGAUGCAAAGGAAAACGCCUGUCCUGUGACAGCACUUUCAGCUUCAAAUAUAUCAUUUAA